CGUGUCGUAUUCAGUUAUUGUGAAAACGCGGAGCUUUUUUCCUUCUUCUUGACGCUAUUCCUUUAACCACCUGACAGUUUUUGUUUUACCACCAGGAGGUAGAGCAAUGGCGGAACCCAACAAACAGGAUAUUUCUGCCAUUUUCAAGCGACUUCGCUCCAUUCCUACGAAUAAGGUUUGCUUUGACUGCACGGCUAAAAACCCCAGCUGGGCCAGCAUCACUUAUGGUGUUUUCCUCUGCAUAGACUGCUCUGGCACUCACAGGUCCCUGGGUGUCCAUCUGUCCUUUAUUAGGUCCAUGGAGCUGGAUUUUAACUGGUCAUGGUUCCAGUUAAGAUGUAUGCAAGUGGGAGGCAAUGCCAGUGCGACUGCAUUUUUCAAUCAGCAUGGCUGUACCGCCAGCGCUGCUAAUGCCAAGUAUAACAGCCGAGCUGCCCAGCUUUACAGGGAGAAGAUAAAGACUUCAGCCACACAAGCUACCAGACGCCAUGGCACCGAGCUGUGGCUCGACAGUCAGGGUCCUCUCUCUCCAACAUCACCAGCUGACAAACAGGUGGAUUUCUUCAAUCUGCAUUCACAGGUUGUUCCUGAAAAUCUUAAUAUGGCCAAAAUGAGUCUCAGCUCCUCCACAUCAGAGAAGCUUGCGACCCUGGAAAAAGAUGAAGACAGAAAUGGAAAUCUAGAGGAGGGUCCCAGUGUGGAAGCAUUGAGUGUUUCUCCAAAAGCUAACCCAGAGCCAGCUUCUCUUCUUAAAAAAAAGCCAGCUGGUCCCAAGAAAACAUUGGCGUCUAAGAAGGGUGGCCUGGGUGCUCAGAAGGUCAGCAGCCAGAGUUUCUCACAGCUGGAGAAGGCGGCUCAGGCUGCUGACAAACUCCGAGAGAAAGAAGAGAGCUCUGCCGCCACCAAGAACGCUACGCCCGAGAAGUCCAUCGCUCCAUCUGUGCAAAUGGCCUUUAAAGAUCUUGAACAGACGAGAAAAAUGGAGGAGCAGAAGUUGAAGGGAUUAGACGGGAAGAAGAAGGAGCAGGCUGAGAGGCUGGGCAUGGGUCUGGGCAUCAGGAGCGGAGUUUCUCACUCUGUGACAUCAGACAUGCACAUCAUCCAGCAGGAGAGUCCAGUCGGAGCCAAAACUACCAAAGGACGGCGAUUUACUGAUGAAGAUGAGGAUGAAGGAUCCUUCAACUCGAGGUUCCUCUCACGGUUUGAGGAUCAAACAAACACCCCAGAUAGUUUCUCUUUGCGGUGGGGCGAUGGAAGUGAUGGAGGAGGCUGGAUGAAGGAGAGCAAGAAACCAGAGCCAGACUUCUAUCUUUCUUCCACCACAUCUUCAUUUGAUGACAGGUCUGUAGCCAGGAGGAAAGCUGAACCUUUACCAGUCUCAGAUUCAGGAGAAGCUCGGAAAAAGUUUGGAGAUGAUGUCAAAGCCAUCUCGUCUGACAUGUACUUUGGAAAACAAGACAGCACAGAGUACGAAGCCAAAACCCGACUGGAGAGACUUGCUGGGAACGCAGCAAUAAGCUCAGCAGACCUGUUUGAUGAUCCCAAGAAACAGACCGGGGGCUCAUACCGUCUGACCAACAUGCUGCCCAGUGCUCCUGACAUGUCACAGCUUAAACAUGGCGUGCGCUCGGUCGCAGGGAAACUAUCAGUCAUGGCGAGUGGUGUAGUUAACUCAAUUCAGGAUCACUACGGUUCCUGAGUGGCAGUGUCGACAUAGACAACAGAUCCAGUGAGUUAUGGUCACUCACUGAGAGGAGCACAGAAGAAGGAUCAAUGCUCAGAGCAAGUCUUCAGAUUUACAUCAAAAUUAAUUUGAGUUUUUUGAAGAUAGUGAGUAAAUAAAUAUAUUUUCGGUGGGAUGAAAUUUUUCUGCCGACACCUUGAAGGAGAUUUCUGUGUGUAGUACAGAGUUGAAGUGUAAUUAGUAUGUAUUAUAUCUCAUGCUUUUUGGAGGUUUGGGGAUUUCAAUAUUUAGAGAAAAUAUGUAGCAAAUGCUUUCUGGUGUAAUGGAGGGAAGGGUUUCAUUAUGAUUCCUUUUUUGAGUUUAUUUGGUCAAAACCCAGGCUGUGGAGACAAAUCCUGUUAACUGGAUAACAACACUCAUCACAUGCACACUUUUGUGUUUCAGGCUUUUUCUUGUGCACAUUCACACAAGUUUUAAGUGUCCUUUCCAUCCCCAAAGUGCAAUUAUGUUUGCUCCUCACAGACUGGACCAAAAGCUGAUAAAGAGGCCUUGGGAGGACCAAAUAUAUUGACUCUGUUAUUGUAAACUGAUGUUUGGUGGCUUCAUUAGCUUUGUGUCGCUGAGAUUUGAAUCGCAGCUUAUUGGUUGUUUUAUACAUCAUGUCAAUGUGAUGACAGAAAGAUGACAUGGCACACUGACGAAGCACUCAGCACUACUUUUAAGAGCAGAAAAAGGAACGAUUGAGAAAACGAUCUUUUGUUUGAAAAGGCAAAAACAAAAAACAGUUUGGCUUUACAUGUUGGCUGCAGGUUCAGUGGGAGGAUAUAAAGGUGGUUUCAUAACUUUUCAUUUAACUUUUGGAAAGAAAGUGAAUGGGUUUCGCUGUGUCUUGGGAGAAACAAAACAUUAAAAAUUAAGCAUUUAGCUUAACUGCACCUUUGUUGCACUUUUAUAUACGUUUAUAUAUUUGUUCUCAGUCCAGCUGUUUAAAAAGAGACACAAUUGUCAGCAUAGUAAUUUAUAGUUAUUCAACUUGGAGGGGGUGCCUUUGACAUUUUGGUUUGAAUUUUUGUUGAAAUCUUUAUUUAGAAGUCUGUGGUGAAUUUGCAGAACUGUAUUUUUUGGUAUCUAAAGAUGGCUGAAGCCCAGGAAUUUAUGAAGUAGUGAUACCUAUUGUUUCUUUCAGGCCUCAUUUCCACUUAAAUAUGAAUGUCCACAAAACGUUUUGUUAGUUUUUGUUACUGUAACAUGCGGGCGAUGAUUGAAAGUUGUCUUAAAUGACAUCAGAUGUGAUAUAUUAACAGAAAGGCUCAUGUUCGUGGCUUUGGUAUUGGAAAAAAUGACAACUGAUGCUUUAGCUUUUCUAUAACUUUUGCAAUAAAUUUAGACAUUCUUAGACUCAUUCAGAUUUAAGAGUUGUUGUUUUUACAGCCCAGACUAAGCUAAAGUUGAUUGUAUUACUGAGUGAUACUUCUCAAGAGUUGAUUUGACAUGUUUCAAAGGAUGACACAAAUUGAGAACAAGUAAAAAAAGUAAGUCAUCUUACAUUGAGAAAAUCCUUUGUUUACUCUCAUGGCUGCAGUCCAAAGCUCUUUAGCACACCCACAUGACAAACUGAGUCAUUCACACCUAAUUUGUAUAUGGCAGCUUUUGCUUGGAAGUUCUUAAACGUUUGCCUCCAAGUAAAUCAUGCGUCCAUGUUCAGUUUUGUUUUGUCAGUCUUUGUUAGACUGUCUUCUGCUGUAGGAUGAUGUUAAAUGUUAGAUGAAAGUACAUUCGUUUGUGUAAUUUGCAUGGCCUUUUGUAGUUUAUAGACUGAUGCUAAGACAGAAAAUAUGUUAGUUUAGUAAUGUUGUAUUAGGCUUUGAACUGCCAUUUAUACAAAGCUACUGAUAAUCAUAUUUUGACCUUUUUUUGGCACACGAUAUGUAUGUAAAAAUUUUGCAAACAUGCCAAAUAAAUGGCUUGUACCUAAA